AUGACCUUGUUGCUGCCAAGCUUAAACCAUCUUCCCCCUCCUGGUUCAGGUAUUGAUUCAUUCACUUGUAGGCCAUCACUAAAUGGCAAAUAUUCUCUUAAGCAUACAAUUGAAGCUUUAGCCAGUCCCACACCUCCAGCCCCAUGGUACCAACUUGUUUGGAAUUCUUUAUCAAUCCCUCGACAUUGGGUCAUCCUUUGGUUGGCAGUUCUCAACAAGCUACCCACACUUGACAGUAACUCCAUGGCCUACAAGCACAUCCCAAAUCACUGCACACUGUGCCUUUCCUCUGGAGAAUCACUGAAUCACAUUUUUUUCUCCUGCUCAUUUACUGCUCCAAUUUGGUCCUAUUUGCAAAAUGCAUGCAGCUUCUACACAAGAUCACAGUGGAUUGACUUCAUUUUUUGGGCUUCACGUCACUGGUCAUCCAAAAGCAUUGCAAAUGCCAUAAACAAAUUGGCACUUUCAACAUCCAUUUAUCACAUCUGGGCAGAAAGGAACUCAAGGAUUUUCAAGGAUAUUUCAAGUUCUCAGAACUCUAUCUUGUUCAAAAUUACUACCUCCAUCAGAGAACGGCUCCUGCCUCUGUCAUUCAAGGAUGGUGUGGCUGCUCAGCGUGUCCGUCAUGUUUAG